UUAGAAACGAAUUUCGUUGCGCUUACUGAUACGGGGUUGAGCUUUCCUUAAUUGCCAAUUUUAUGGAUAAGUAGAAGGAUUUAUAAACAAGCCUAGAAAAAUUUUAAAUUAGUGGUAUCUCAAGUGUUAUGUGGUUGAUUCUAAUAUUUUAUGGCUGCUUGGCGGUCGGCACUGAAGCCCAAUCGGGGAAAAUAACUGCGGUAAGUAUCAUUAAAGGGCACAACUACCCAGUGGAAUCUCACUAUACGCGAACCAGAGAUGAUUAUAUUCUCCAAGCCUUUCGGAUUCCAAACUCCGCCUCUUGCCGACGUCCAGGAACGAAGCCGGUUGUUCUAUUUCUUCAUGGGAUGACUGCCUCGGCAGACACUUUCUUGCUGAAUGGACCCAAGGAUGGACUGCCCUAUAUGUUGGCUGAUGCCUGUUAUGACGUCUGGCUGGCCAACUUCCGAGGCACGCGUUACUCCCGACUCCAUGCAUACCUGAAUCCGAACAAAAAUGAAUUUUGGAGAUUCAGUUUUCACGAGCUCGGAGUGGAGGACCUGGCCACCUUUAUAGAUUAUAUUCUGCAAUUAACCAAUGAAAAGACAGUCAAUGUGGUAGCUCAUUCCCAGGGAUGCACUACGUUUCUGGUUCUACUAUCCAUGAGGCCGGAGUACAAUGAGAAAGUCAAGACAGCGAUCCUGAUGGCUCCGGCGGCAUUUAUGGAGCACACCUCGACCCUGGGACAGACGGUCUUUCGGCCGUAUAUAAUGGUGUCGCCGGACAGCGAGUUCCUGCAACACAGCAAAUUAAGGAGCCAUAUCAUGCCCACCGUUUGCCGACUGGGAAGCUGGUCCGUAUGCAACUUAUAUUUGUUCUUAAACGGAAGGCCAUCAAGUCACUUUAAUACCAGUGUCUACCCUUCGCUAUUGGCCACCCAUCCGGCGGGCAUUUCCACCCGCCAACCCAGGCACUUCAUACAGCUUACGGAUUCCGGAAAGUUUCGCCAAUAUGACUACGGUCGUGUUAAAAACCUAAUUGUCUAUGGCCAGAAGUCCCCUCCGGACUAUAAGCUAUAUAAUGUCCAGCCGCUGUCCCCAGUACAUAUUUUUUACAGCGACGACGAUUCGUCCGUCAAUGCCACGGACGUCCGGUUUUUGGGCAGUAAGUUGACGUCGGUGGUGAUGAAUCGCAUCACCAAGCCCACGUGGCACCACUUGGACUUUAUAUUUGCUAUUACUGUGGCCCAAGAUAUAAAUAAGCCAAUUAUUCAAAUACUUGACAAAUUUUCAUCAAAAUAGUCCCAAAAUUUUGUAAACAUUGAAUUUUAUUUUUAAAAGUAAAUACAAUACUUUAAAAUGCCAAUAUGGUAGGUGCAUGUUCUCGAUAAUUGAAUUCUAUUUAAAUAUUUGACUUUAAAACUUGAUUUAAACUAUGGGGAAUAAUAGGCCUACAACUGAAAUGAAAUGCUUUAAUCUAAUUAUUCAUGGAAAUGGCUUAAAUUGAAGUAUGUAGAGGAGUAGAUUAAUGAAGCUGCCUUCUCGGCGUUCAAUUAGAAAAUCACGAUACAAAAUUCCAUAAGUCUCCACAGGAUAUUGUAAAACACCCUUAUGGCGUUGUCCUUCAAAAGA